CCACGCGCAUAUACACAUAAAAGCAAGGCUCACAAUUUACGCAAAUAGCGUUACAAAGGUCCGUAGUGACAAAGACAGCGAGGCCGAAACUGAGGAGGAAGGAAUAAAGAAUAAUUUCAGAAUCGUCGGGGCUGGCUUGGACUUCCACUUCCUGAGGAACGAAGCGCACAGGGUUUCCUCAAGACCCGAUACUAGAAGACCCGUAUUUGGACGUUGCCGUGUGUGUAGUUGGGACGAAUUUGAAGGGCCGUAGAAAUCGUUCACGUAUUGAUUGGGCAACUGGCAGACUUUUCCGUUUCAAUCGACGGUAGGGUAGGAGAGCGAGCUAGGGAGCAGCCAUGGCCGUCGGGUCAUUGAGUCUUCACAUCGGAAUAUAAAGAGUAACUGCAUGGCCCAGGAUCUAUAGGAAUAUACAGCAACCAUUCCCCAUGUCUGAUCGUCUCAUUUGUGUCAUUUUGUGUUCAACUGUGACCAAGUUAGGGAAAUCAAACCAGCAGUGCAGUGGGUUUAUUCGGAGGCCAGCUUCAUGACUAUUUUAGUUGAAGACGUCUCCAAGGCCUAGCAACUGAAGGAAAACGAGGGCUCAAAUGGAAAAAGGAUGCUUUGAAUGACUGUUAGUGGACGAGAAAGGGUGAUUGAUAGACUAAAGAACGGCUGUCAAGGCUCGUGGACAGGGGAGUUGAUUAAAAAAAUCAUAUUGUGAAUAAUCAAACAUUCAGAUUAAGUAACUGUUAUUCAUUGGAUGCAAAGGUUUGGAAAGAAAAACCUACCAAGACAUCUACACUCACGUAGCCUACAGUAUUUGAUUCGUGGAUUGGAUCAUGUCGGGUCGGCCCAGAACCACCUCCUUUGCAGAGAGCUGCAAACCAGUGCCGCAGCCCUCGGCUUUUGGCUCUAUGAAAGUCAGCAGGGACAAGGAUGGCAGUAAGGUGACGACGGUGGUGGCCACCCCAGGCCAAGGGCCCGACAGGCCCCAAGAGGUCAGCUAUACAGACACCAAGGUGAUUGGGAACGGCUCCUUCGGAGUGGUCUACCAGGCCAAGCUGUGUGACUCUGGAGAACUGCUGGCCAUCAAGAAGGUUCUGCAGGACAAGAGGUUUAAGAACCGCGAGCUGCAGAUCAUGAGGAAGCUGGACCACUGCAACAUCGUUCGCCUGCGCUACUUCUUCUACUCCAGCGGAGACAAGAAGGAUGAGGUGUAUCUGAACCUGGUACUGGACUAUGUUCCUGAGACAGUCUACAGAGUGGCCAGACACUACAGCCGAGCCAAACAGACCCUGCCCAUGGUCUAUGUCAAGUUAUAUAUGUACCAGUUGUUCAGGAGUCUGGCCUAUAUCCACUCGUUUGGGAUCUGCCAUCGGGACAUCAAACCCCAGAACCUGCUGCUGGACCCCGAGACGGCCGUGCUCAAACUCUGUGACUUCGGCAGUGCUAAGCAACUGGUACGCGGAGAGCCCAACGUGUCCUACAUCUGCUCUCGCUACUACAGAGCCCCCGAGCUUAUAUUUGGUGCCACCGACUACACCUCCAGCAUAGAUGUGUGGUCAGCUGGUUGUGUGCUAGCAGAGCUGUUGCUAGGGCAACCAAUCUUUCCCGGCGACAGUGGAGUGGAUCAGCUGGUGGAGAUCAUCAAGGUUCUGGGGACCCCUACACGAGAGCAGAUCCGAGAGAUGAACCCCAACUACACUGAGUUCAAGUUCCCCCAGAUUAAGGCACACGCAUGGACAAAGGUGAGUCAACAGGUAUUCCGGCCACGUACGCCCCCGGAGGCCAUUGCCCUGUGCUCUCGGCUGCUGGAGUACACGCCCACCUCGCGCUUCACCCCCCUGGAGGCGUGUGCACACUCCUUCUUCGACGAGCUGAGGGACCCCAAUGUCAAGCUGCCCAACGGUCGAGAAAAACCCUCCCUCUUCAACUUCACCACCCAGGAGCUGUCCAGUAAUCCCUCGCUGGCCAACAUCCUAAUCCCUGCCCACUACCACACUCAGGCCGCCACCUCCACUCCAACCAACGCCUCUGCCUCCACAGAUGGUAACAGCACAGAUCGCAGCCCCACCAUUACUGCCUCGGCCUCGGCCUCCAACUCCACCUCCUGAACCCCCCUCUCUGAACCCCCCAACCACCACCUUCCCCAUCGCCCCAGCCAGGGGUGAUGCCAGUGGAGGCAUGAUGACAUGGCAGGGUUUAAAACGGAUGACAACUACAACAACAACUCCAAGUCACCCAUCUAGGUGUUUGAUUUCUGCAACCUACUCCACUGAGGAUGUCUUUAUUGUCUGUUAGAAGGAAGGAGUGGUGGGGGGGCAGGGGGAGGCUGAUGAAAUAUAAGAGUAUUCAUAUAUAAACGUACCCUAUAUACACAAUACUAGCCUGCUAAUGUUUCCAUGAGGACAAUUCUAUGUAUCAAAGUAAUUAGCUGACCCCACAACCACCUCCUCUUCUCUGUCCACAAUGAAGCCCCCCCCCCUCCUACACACACAUUCACGAGGGAUCAGUCCCUUCCUCAUGCCCUCUCCACACCCCACCCCUCAUCACUUCCCCUCUGACCCCUUACCUCUGACCCCCUGGUUGGGAUGGCUACCCUGGCUCCUCCUCCUGUAGUGCAUGGCCUGAGUAAGGUUAGGAGUGCCUAGAGUGACCUUUCACCUUUUACCCAUGCAUUGACCUCCACACUUCUGCUAAUUAGGCAUAAGGCACACACACACACUUAACAUUCUUACAAACAUCCCAUGCAUGAAGGUCCUGAUAUAUGUGGACACAGAUAGUCCAAUCAGAAGGGAGGUUUUUGAUGAUGUCAGAGGUUUGCUCGGGGUUGUUUUUAAACGGUUAGCAAACAGUUCUAUUCUGUUUUUAUUUUUGUUUUAUAUUCCCUGGGCUCGGGGUGGGCGGGAUCAUUUAGAUUGACAUGUGAGAUAUAUGUGACAUGUCUCUGGUUCUGUGUGCUUGUAUUAUUUAUAUAUAUAUAUACAUACACAGUUUAUAUAUUACGUUGCAUUAUGUACAAAAUAUAUAUAUAGAUAUAUGUAUAUGAAACUUUAAUGGUUCAGAAUCCAUAACGGUUAGUUGUUGGCUCACAGAGCAGGGGCAAUAUUUGCUGCUGCCUAAAGACAUAUGAAGAGGCAAGGUGAUGUGAUCUCUUUUGCUGGAAAAGCUUUUUUUUCAGCAGUAACUUCCCUAUUUCCCUGUGUGUCAUUAUUUGUAUGUUAAGGCUGUAGACAGGACUACAUAUUGUUUUAUUCCUUAACUCUCUCUCCAUUGAUCAUGUCACUGUGUAGUAGUGCUGUCAGUUUCUAGGGGAUGUCUCCCCCACACCUGCUUUCUGUCUUUAGAUGAAGACAUUUCAAAGUCAUGCAUACUUUUUCUUGAACUCGUGCCAAAUUCCAAAUCAAUCGCUAGCUUCUACCCCCUAGGCACUUGAUUUGGAAUUCAGACAUGGUUUCUGUCUAGAUUGCAAGAAGUGUUCUUAUCUAGGCCUCUGCCAGGAAUCUAGGCCUCUGUCACUCCUGGCUCUCUCUUAUUGCGACCACUGACUCAGUGUUUGUCAAAUGUUCAUCUAAUGUUGGUCCAACAUUAAUUUAACGUUAGUCUAGCGUUCUUCUCUUUCUCUGUAUCUCUCUCCACCUGGACCACACAACCGCCUCUCUGGUACAGGCUCUCAGAGUCCAGCGUCUUACUUACCCAGACAUAUUCACACAGGUUCAAUAUGACAACACAACUACAGAAUGUGUAUAUAUACAGUUCAUAUGCUCCUCAGCAAAUCCUGACUUGUGUAUGUUGUUUUUUAUGUUGUGAUCGUGGUAUGUGUAUAUAUGCAGACCCAUGUACUGUUUAUGAGCAAAGACAAAGAUAUGAGGGGAGAAAAUAAAUGAAAUGAAAAUAAGAAAUAAUCAGGGCAAUAUGUUGGAUGAUGAUGAUGAUGAUGCUUUAUCCAGCCAUAUAGUUCAACCUUUACUUGUACAGUAGAUAACAAGUGUAUUAUUGUAACAAUAACUAGUCAUGUAUAGUGUAUCUAUAGUUUGGAGUGCCUUCGCCUUGCCCCCUCACCUCCUACCCCUUUCCACAACAUAACCUUGCAUCCCUCUUAGAUGCUGUUGAAUGACUUGCUGCCCCCCUCUCAGAUCUCCGUUUCAGUCCAGAGUUGUACCAAUGUUAGAUCAACGUUAGCCUUUUUCUUUCUCUGUAUGUACACAUUCUCCUUGGUGUCAACACGUCAUCUUCAUCCACUUUUUUUCCCCAUGUAAAGGUUAUGACAUCUGUUUUUAAAACAUACAUAUAUUGUUCGAGAUUAUUGACCUGAUUUGAAGUAAAGGUUGUGCUUGAUUUCAAUCAAUGUUUUUUAUGAUUUCACUAGGAUGCACAAAGAUUUUACACACGCGCGCUGUAUCCAGGGUUUAAGUAUGGGGAUGGCCUUUUAGGUCAACAGUGUCAUAUACAUUAGAGUACAGUAUGUAUUCAGUCAAUGUUGCUUCUGGUAUCAAAGCCAUUAAGCCAAUUGAUGAUAUUGAUGUUGUGACAAGCCAUUCUCAGAGGAAAUGCAGUACAUUGUCUCUCUCUGUCUCAUUCUCUACACCCCUUCUCUUUACCUCCCUCCCUCCCUCCGUGGUCUGAGGGAUAUUCAGUAUCACCCAAGGGGUUUGUCAUGCCUCACACCCUUCCCGCUUGCUGUAAUAUUUGCGUUCAUCGACGUUUUGAUAUCUAUCCCAUCACCAGGCCUGUGACCACUCUCCCCCAACGCCAGUUCAACCAGAGUGAACCAUGUCAAAUCACACCAAAACAGUUUCAGUUACCCAAAAAAAUGACAAGCAAGGGUAGUGAACUAUAAUAUAACGACUAUGGCAUCGCGCACACUCUCGUGGCAGAAGAAUAUGCUAUCUGGGUUUAAAGAAAAAAUAAGAAAAGACAACAAAAAAACCUGUAUAACAAUACUACUACUACUUGAAUGCCUCUGUGACUGACAUUUUUAUUUCAUUUUGAAAUGUUUGUUUUUAUUCUGUGAUGGUAUGCUAAAUGUGCACCCCUGUAAAUACUUCCCCUGCGUGCCCUGAGGAAUAGUUCCCUGGUACUGUCAUUUGCAUUAAAUAAAGAGUAGGAUAGCCUGGAAAUGAACUAG